GGCGGGCGGGGGCGGCCCCGGCACCGCGGUCAGGUGGCACCGCCGAGACGGAGCCGGCCGAGCACGAUAAAAGUCCCGGCCCGCCGCCGCCGCCACGGCCGCGAGGGAGCGCGGAGCCGCCGCCGGAGCCAUGGUCAGCACUGGACACACUCUGUGAGCCAUCCCAUCAGCACCCCACAACAUCCCGGUACCGACCCCUGAUUUGGAGCAGGACAGGUUGUGACCAAGCUGACUAAGCAGAGGAAGCUCUCGCUGUCCUACCACCACCACCAGGCCAGACAAUCCUUCCCUUGGCUGAAGAUCCCGUUGAACCUCUUCCCAUAAUGGAAGCGUGAGUGCCAAGAUCCUCCAUGACCUCCAGAAGCCACAACUCCUUACCGAGAACUCUGAUGGCUCCACGAAUGCUUUCCGAAGGUGCCCUGGGGGGCAUCGCCCAAAUCACCCCCUCGCUGUACCUGAGCCGGGGCAGCGUCGCCUCCAACCGGCACCUGCUGCUCUCCCGGGGCAUCACCUGCAUCAUCAACGCCACCAUCGAGAUCCCCAACUUCAACUGGCCCCAGUUUGAAUACGUCAAAGUGCCUUUGGCUGACAUGCCCAACGCCCCCAUCUCCCUGUACUUCGACAGCGUGGCCGACAAGAUCAACAGCGUGGCGCGGAAACACGGGGCCACGCUGGUGCACUGCGCCGCCGGCGUCAGCAGGUCGGCCACGCUCUGCAUCGCCUUCCUCAUGAAGUACCACAAGGUCUCCCUCUUCGAGGCCUACAACUGGGUCAAGUCCCGGCGCCCCGUCAUACGGCCCAACGUGGGCUUCUGGAGGCAGCUGAUAGACUACGAGAGGAAGCUCUUCGGGAAGACGACGGUUAAAAUGGUACAGACGCCCUACGGCAUCAUCCCAGACGUUUAUGAGAGAGAGAGGAGACCCCUGAUGCCUUACUGGGGAAUUUAAUGGGACUGCAGACAGGAAGCACAACAGAAGGGACGCGCUAUUCUGAGACAACCAGACUGGAGACAUUCCCUUCUUCUUCUACAGCCAACUUUGAUUCUUUACCAUACAGCAGAACCUCAAUUCUCACCUCACUAACCUGCAAGGCCAACGAUUCCCUUCAAAGCAUUUCUCUCUAUGGGGAUUUCCCAUCUGCAUCUCUCUCAUUUAGCAGAACCAGGUCUCCUUAUGAGUUUAUUCCUUCCAUAAAGCCUCCCUCCUUUUUUAGUCAGUUUAUUAGGGCCCUCCAAGGAAAGGCCUAAGAGGCAUUUGGCAGAGUUGAUGAGCCAAGUGCGCUUUGUGACGCGGUAGUAGCCUGGAUAUUUCGUUAUAGCUUGUUUGCUUCCCUGCAAAACCCUGUAGUGGCUCGGGAGCAGCACUAGCACAGAGUGAACAAGGCCCUGCUCCACGGCAGCAGGUUUUCCAAGCACCAGGAAGUCUGGAAUACAGGGCUGUGGUGCUAGUGCUGGUGUUUUCUUUAACAUCCAUAGUGACUCUCAGUAUAUAGUGUUUGAGAUCUUUAGUCAGCUCUUAAUCGUAUUCAAAGUUAGAAAAAAAAAAAAAAGAAAAAAAGUGAAUCAGUCCGUGUCAGCCACAAGGAAAAUAAAAUUGGAACGAUUCAAAUCAAAUAAAUACAAGAUCCUUUUUAACUCAUUCCACGCCAGGGCAAUAGUCCUGGAAUACACUUCAACUGCUGGAAAAUGCUGGUGUGUUUUGCGGGUGGAAAGUCGACAGAUCCUGUCCAGAUGUGGCUCAAGACAGAAGCAAGAGGGUUGAACCCGCUGGACAACCAAAGAGACGUUCAGGAAUCCAUGCAGGGCCCCCUGCCCGAGGGGCUGGGCCGUGUGUGUGAACAUUCCAGCAACCACUCUGUUGGAAGUUGGUAAAUCCGCUUGAUUCUCCAGCUCCGAGCCCGGUCAUGAUCUGCCUUAGUCCAUUUCCAAAUCACUCCAUUCCGUCCUCAAGGUUAUGCUGCAUUCUGGGAUUAUUCCGCGCCAACGGAUCUGUCCACCCUCCCGGCCGGGCACGGAGGCUCUGCCUCGUGCUGUGUGUGCCGGGAGUGAUUCCAACCCCAGCCUUUCCGUGGGAGAAGCCUUCCUGCAGCUCCCGCCCAUCGCUCCCCUCCCGGCAGGGAAGGGACUGGUUUCCCUGGAGCGUCACCGGAACCCAGGAGAGCCCCGUUCCUGAGGAGACACCGGUGUCCUCUGCCCCGGGAGGAGGAGCAGGCAGAUUGCUGGAUGCCGCGAUCGCUGAUUUAAAUGAGAUUCUAUACUUGUAAAAAAAAAAAAAAAAAUCAAUAAAGAUCAAACCAGAA